AUGGCUUCUGCUCUGACCGGAGAACCCCUCUCUCUCUGGGAAAAAGCCGAUCGCUUUGCGGGCAAUCUUUCGGUGCUUGGGGCUGUUUUGUAUAGCGUCAUCACUGGCGCUUUCCGGGGUAAAAGCGGAGCGAAACACUUUAAUCAGCAUGUUAUACAUGCUGCAAUUCGCAGGGCCGUCCGCAGGCUGUCAUCGCGACAACUCCAAUCCCAGAACGCCUCGGCCAUUCAAGGAUACGAGACCUACGCGAAACAGCACAACAUUACACCGGAAAUCGUAGGCCUCAACCACGGUGCAUCAGGUCUUUGGAUUGGCAAUAAGAACGCCAAAAACAUCGUCAUAUAUUACCACGGUGGUGGUUUUGUGCUGCCCCCAUCCCCAGGACACUUCUCCUUCCUCAGCAGUUUGAUAAACGAUCUCAACAAGAAUGGACACGAUGUCGCCAUCUUCUUCCUCGCCUACACGCUUUCGCCACCAGCUGAAUACCCAACGCAGCUCCGCCAAUCCGUCGAAGCCCUGCGGUACAUUCUCACCGAAGGUGACCGUGACCCGUCCAACGUGAUUGUCGGCGGUGACUCUGCAGGUGGGAACCUGGCCCUUUCUGUUCUCUUGCACCUUACGCACCCCCAUCCGGAAAUCGAUACUCUACCGCUGAAGGAUGGCGCCGAACUUGCUGGUGUAUUCGGCUUUGCGCCGUGGGUGACUUUUGCUCUGGAUGGGAAGUCUGUUACCGAAAAUCAGUAUAAGGACGUUAUUCCAUCUGAAGGGUUGAAGACCUGGUCAAUCGAGUAUCUAGGGAAGAGAGCGGAAGGAGAUGCUUGGAGUGAGCCGGCAAAGGCACCGACUGAAUGGUGGGCUGGUGUGAAAGCGAAGAGUGUGCUGAUUCUCUCGGGAGGAGACGAGAUCCUAUUCUCUGCGAUUGAUGAUUUUGCGAAAAGGUUCAAGACUGUCGUUCCGCAAACUACCUAUGUCGUUGGGUAUGAGGAUACACAUGUAUCCCCUGUCUAUAGUGGUACGGGGAUGGGAGGACAGCAGGCUCGUGGGUUGAGAAAUUGGCUGGGAGCUCGUCUAUGA